AUGAGCAAAAGGGAAUCAGUCCAGGAGCUCCUAUCAAAGAAUGUAGAUCCUGACUCCGAACUCUUCUGGAAGACCUUCCAGCAGGCAAUACUACGUUCAGACAAUUCUCCUUUCGAUAGAAGAGGAAUCUUAAACUUGAAAAUCCUAUUUUCGAACGAUCAACUGACACCAGCAAAGGUCGGAACCCUCGCGAAACUACUAAUGUACUCAGGCCAAGGCCUUGGAUCUACCUUCGCCCAAGAUUUGGGUGAAAUCUUCAACGAGAUCUUCUUUUCAGAGAAGGAUCCAACCUACAACGAAGCAUUUGAGUACGCUUCAGCCCUUAGAAACCUUUGCGUUACCAAUCCAUCCAUAAAACUACCCAUUUUCGAAACAAUUUUCGAAAAUUUCACUCAUUUCCUUUCCAACCAGCCGAAUGUAUCCAGUAUUACCAUCUCCCAGAUAUUCUUACUGGAAAUUGCCUUGAUUACCGGCAAGGAAUGCGCCAAACAGAGUUUCACCCAAAAAGGAGAUCCGCUCUGUAUCACGGGAGCGAUCAAGAUCCUUGAAUCUGUAUCGGAUUCGACAGUCCAGAUCACUAUCACCGAAUGGAUCUGGAGAUCAAUGAAGCUUGUCGAUCCGAAACACAAAGUUUUUCCAAAUGCGCUUGGAAAGUACUCCGGAAUCUACGAUAUCACGAAGAACGACUUCAGAACAUCCCUACAUAACUUCAUUACUACCCUUAACGAUGAAGUUUCUUCGACUUCCCCAUUACAUAUCCCAUUCAAGUCGAUGAGUGCCGGAAAGACCAUUAUCCACCGCAGCGGAUGUUUCGAUGUCAAUAUGGACAACAUUGCCAUCUUCUUCUACGAAAAACCGAAAGAAUUACCUGAUGUAAUAAUUUUCCGCACAAAUUACAUAACAACGGGUAAUGUCAACAAGACAUCGAUGAUUUUCGAAUCACGCGAGAAAGUUUCCGGAUUCCAAGGUGUCGGCGAAUCAUCUCCCACGAAAUUCUCCAUCUCAUUCGAGACGAAACCAACACAAGAAGUCACGAAAGAGUAUCUCAGGAGAAUAAAGAACAACAAGAUGACGAGAACAUCCGAAGACAUCCAAACUCCACAGAGAUCUCGUGUCAAUGCUGAUAAAGAGAAACCAGACACGAGAGGUAUCAAAUUACCAAUGAAAUCACCAGGAUCAAAGGAGAAGAAACAGAAUGAAAUGGCAUUGAUCGAAGCACAACUCAAAGAAUAUCAUGAUUCUUCGAUCAGAGCAAUCGAAACUGAUUUCAACACUUCUGUUUCUGCUUUGAACGACAUCACUGAGAAAUUGACUGGAAUCGAAUCUUCUCUCAACCAGUUGCUCUCUCAACACGAAGACAUCACAAAGGCAACAACGAAAUCUAACGAAGACUUGAGUAAAAACAUCACACAACUCAGGAAUGAUUUCGAAAAGAAUCAUGCAGAUGCAAUGAAGAAGAGAGAGAGCUUGAAGAAGAUGGCGAUCGAAGCAAUCAACAACGAGAACUCAAAGAUCGUUAACACGACAGCGGAAGGAUUCCAAUACAACGCAAUUGUUGGACUUGCUGCUGCAUUAGAUUCUGUUCAAUCUCUAAUCGUUUAA